AUGGCGCGAGAGGAGAGAGUGUGGAGGGAUCGGGAUAGCAGUAAUGAUGCGAGGAGUUCUGAGGAUGAGGGAGAUGGGAGGGAAGAUGUUUUGCCUGUAAAGAAGAAGGGGAAGAGUGAGAAGAGGAAAAAGGAGAGCCCUGGUGACGCCGAAGCUGAAAGAGAGGAAGCUCUACCAACUGGGAAGAAGGCGAAGAGCAGGAAGAGAAAGUCCGAGGGUUCUGGCGAUGACGAUCUUGGAGGAGACGAGGUUUUACCUGUCAAGAAGAAGGUGAAAAAUGGGAGGAGAAAAUCGGACGGUCCUGGCGAAGUCAAGUCUGAAGGAGAGAAGGCUUUGCCUGCUAAGAAGAAAGUCAAGGGUCAAAAGAGAAAGAGUAUCAAUGGUGGGAAGAUUGGAAAGGCGGAGAUCCCAAGUUCUACUGCAGACACAAGUCAGGACAAGAGCCAAGAUCUGGGACCAGAUUACGAUGCCCCGCCUUCGAGCCAACCGCGACCUCUGAGUGAGGAUGAGGAGGAGGAAGACAACGGCAUAAACCAGAUGAAGGUGGAAAUUGCCGAUUCCAUAUCCACCCACGACGAAGAGGAGGAUGUCAAGCAAGUUCCGAAUGGUACUGCACCCAGCAAAUCGAAUGGCACAGGACCACACGUCGGCACCGAUCUGUUGGCGAAGAAAUUGGCGGGCGAAAUUACGGAGGAGGAAUACAAGAAACGAAGAAGGGAUGCCAAGAAAGCUAAGAAGAUAGCUGCGAAGAAGCUUCAGCGGCAACUUGAGUUAGCUGGUGAACUUCCGAUCAAUGAGCGCCGCCAAGUAUCCAAGCCAAAGCCGAAGAAGAUAGUGGUCAAGACGAUAGUGGUAAAGACGCCUAAGAAAGUUCGUGUCCCAAAACCACCCCGAAAGGAGCCUUCGGGUAUACCACGAAUAGCAUUGAUAGGAAACCCGAAAGUCGUCCUCCGCAGCGGUAAAGAAAUCGAACACGAUACCACGAUCGGUCCCUUAGCUCCUGUUGAAUUCGUAACAACGCCUGGUAGCAAGAAAGAUAAAGCUAAAAAAGCUAAGAUGAAUGGCUCGGUCUCGAAUCACUUCAAAGCGGUCUACUCAGGCUCCCAUCGCAUACCUGAGGCAGUCAGAAAGACGAUGGAAGAAGCACAGAAGGCUGUGAAGGAAGCUGGCCCCAUUGUUGAGAAGACGGUUGAGGAGAACGCGAGUGCCAAGUCGAAGUCCAAGAAGCGGAAGAGAGAGAAAAACCAGAAUCGUCUUUCCAAGUCCAGCAAUCCGGAAGAAAUUGAGGAGCCUGAAAUGGAAGAUAUUCAAGAAGCAUCAAAACCUAAACAGGCAAAAUCCAGCAAUCCCAAAGACGUCGAAGUGUCCCAAAAGGAAGAAACUCGGGAAGCAGCCAAGGAAUCUCCUUCAAAGUCUAACAAUCCCACCAGCAUUGACGACGAGGAUGCAGAGCCGCCAGCAAAGAAGAAGAAACAUAGGAAGAGAUCACCGGUCCUGGACGAUGUUCCGAGUUCCGAUGUACAUUAUGAUCAUGUCGAAGAUUCCAAGGCCAAAAAGCCUCAACUACGAGAUGCUCAUGGGAGAUUCUUAAAACGUUCCGUCGACAUCUCAUCUCAGCAGCUUGAGGAGAAGGAAGAACAGCCCGUCAAAUUGUCCUCGUCCCAGCAGCAUGAGAAGGAGAAGAAACGACCCGCGAAGACAUCCUCGCCCGAGAAGAAAAAGAGACAGCCCGUCAAAUCGCCUUUCUUUCCAGAGACGAUUGAAAAGAGUUCACCAAGCAAGAAGAACGUUUCAUGCAUUCCCUUUUCGCCUCUGUCCGCACCUCACUUCGGCCUAAUCCAAGAGAAGCUGGCUCAUGAUCCUUUCCGGCUUCUGAUCGCGGUAACGUUCUUGAUUCGUACCCAUGGAAAGCACGCAAUACCUGUAUUCUUUGAACUUAUGGAGCAGUACCCGACUCCCGAAGCUCUUGCCAACGCAAAGAAAGAUGAUAUCGUGCCAAUCAUCCGACAUCUAGGACUCCAGAAUCAGCGUGCCGAGACGUACAAGAUGUAUGCCCAGAUAUGGCUCGAUAACCCACCUACGAAAGGCAGACGGUACCCGGUCCGUGGAUAUCCUGAUCCAGAAUCUGCACGAGAUGUGAAGAAAGACGAGAUAAUAGACGACGACGAUGAACGGCAUGCUUGGGAAAUCGGGCACAUGACAUCUGGCCCAUAUGCUCUUGACUCUUGGCGCAUCUUCUGCAGAGAUAACUUACGAGGCGUGGCAGAUAGCUGGAAUGGGGAGGGUACGGAAGAUGGGUUUCAGCCGGAAUGGAUGCGUGUUGUGCCAGAAGAUAAAGAGCUGAGAGCAUAUCUGAGAUGGAUGUGGUUAAAGGAGGGAUUCGAAUGGGAUCCUUUUACAGGUGAGAAGGAAGUUGCUAGUCCGACGCUGAUGCGAGCUGCAAUGGAUGGCCGAAUUGCUUGGGAUGAUGAGGGUGGUAUGAGGAUCAUUGAUGGCGAGGGCAUGUAG